CUCUGUUUUUCCCCUGUAGUUUCAGUAGUUAGGAAAAUUUUCGAUUGCAACAAUAAAUUUAAUGUGUAAGUUUAGAAUUGGAUGCAUUUUCAUUCCGCGUUUUUCAAUGGCUUUUUCCUAGCUCGAGGUUGUUUUUGAAUUAGGCAAAGAAAAGCGGCAUGGAAGAAGGUGAAUUAUAUUGUAAAGAGAAGAAGGUGAGGGAGGAGGGAUCAGAAGUUGCUGGUGAAGUGGCGAUAUUAGAUUAUUCUGAUGAUGAACGCCAAUUGUUCGAUGAAAUGCGUGUUCGAGGUCGGCAUUUUUAUUUUGCCAAGGUUUUGCCAAUUGAGAACCCAAAGAUGGAUGCCAUGAUUAAGAAGGCUGAAGAGACGAUUGAGAAGAUCAAUCGAGAUCAAGUUGUGAUGGCCCAAAAGAUAAGGGAAAGGAUGAUGGAUCGUGACGCACUGCGCUCGAAAUUGAACCGGAUGAAUUUUGGUAAUUAUGAACUCGCCCUAAAAUGGAAGAGAAAUAGUUUGGACUUCCUGUAUCCCUCUCUAGACAAACUGACUUUUGCAAACAAUGCAUAUAAAGGGAAAUCGGUUAACUCGUGCUUGUCGGUAGGGGAAAUUGAUAAGCAAAAACUGUGUUUCUUGAUGGUACAUGGCUGUAAAAACAUGGGUGACGAGAGAAAGCUAUUAAGGGAAGUCAAUGCAAUGCAAGGGGAGGAUGGUGGCAUGACAUUAGAUGAACUCCGUGCUCCUAUUCAACACUUGCAACAACGAUUGUCCAUCAACUAUGUGGCGCAUACAGAAAUCGAUGAAAAUGCUCGUAGUGAAGUCAUUCUCAAUGCCGAAAAGCAACAUGAAAUUAUUAGGGAGACAGCAUUGGCUAAUGCUGUAGUGAAUGGAAAAUUGUGGAACUCCCUUGGCUCGAAAAAGUCCAUUCAACAGCAAGUUCAGGAACUCAACAAUAGAUCAUGUGAACUAAGGGAAAGACAGAGGGAAGUAAAUGUCAAAGUUAGGAAAGUAAAUAAAGAAGUUAAGAUGAUAGAAAAAGAUAUACGUUCUCUACAAAAGCUCUUCACGUAUGCAAAUCGCAAAAAGGACGAGGCAUACAACACCAUUCUUAAACUGAAGAGGCAGUACGGGGAGGAGAAUGCUUCCUACUACCAAUAUCGUUCCCUCAUGCAGAAGGUCCAAGCACUUGUUAAGAAAAAAGAUACCGCAGCCAUUGAAGAAUUAUCUCAAACACAGGUUGAAAAGUUCAUGCAACAGUGGAACAAUAACCUAGAUUUCAGAAACGAUUACAAAAAGAGAGCUAUCCCGCUUCUAAACAACCGUCAUCUUGGCGUGGAUGGGAGUAUGAUCACCGACCAGAAGGCAGAGGUUAAGGACUCUAAAAAGGCUCCUAAACCAGAGGCGCUUUCUAAAGCUAGAUUGAAAUGGUUGAUGAAAGAUCCUGAAGAUCCCUCCGAACUUCUUUUUCGGUGAAACUAAAGCGAUGAACCCCUUUGCACAUAUGCUUCAAGUUUCAACUUUGAUCCAUUUAUUCCUUAAAAUUCUCCUUUUAUUGAACAACAUUUCUCCCGCAUCAUGUUCAGAAGUGUUUUACAAAGCUAGUUUUUCUGUGAAGUCAUUUCCCCACUUGGAACUUUUGUUUGGAAGCCUAUGAAUUCAAAAAAAAACCAAACCAAACCUUGCUAUGUUGAUGUUCCUUUGUGA